GCUGACCCCUCCCCGAUGGGGGGCGGGACCCCAGGGGGAGGAAUAGACCAGCUCCAUCGGAGGAGCCCAGACACUGGAGAAAGAUGGCAGGAACCAGCGCAGGGGCCCGCUUCUACCGGCAGAUAAAAAGACACCCUGGGCUCAUCCCAAUGAUUGGCUUCAUCUGCUUGGGCAUGGGUAGCGCUGGACUCUACUUGCUGCGACUCGCACUUCGUAGCCCGGAUGUCUGCUGGGACAGAAAGAACAACCCAGAACCCUGGAACCGUGUGAGUCCCAAUGACCAGUACAAGUUCCUUGCUGUCUCCACUGACUACAAAAAGCUGAAGAAGGAUCGGCCAGACUUCUAAGGCAGAAUGGAGAGGUCCGUGCAUGGCAGGCUUUCUUCACUGCCUGCCCCAGACCCUAGGGCCUCAGUCUAGCAACCCUGCCCAGCCUUUGCUCACAGGGGCUGGGUUCCCACGCGAAUGCCCCACCUCCAACCCUCCUCUCUUGCUCCCAGGAGAGGAAGAGCCUCUGACCCUCGGCUUGAGUCCCACGGUGGGGGAGGGAUCCAAGACUUCAGGCAGAAGCUGCGAUUGACCCAAAAGGCCCAAGCCAGCUCCUCUCUCCUCCUGCCCCCCUCCCCACGCCUAACUGGGUGUGGCACAGGCUACGUGUUGAGCGUGUCAGACGUGUGCCAACAGCAAGCAGGGGCCCUUGUGCCAAGCGACGUGGCAGGCUCCACGUUAGUGCAGGUUUUGAGCAAGUUCUGGGGGGGAACGGUUGCCCAGGCUCGACUGGGCUCGUCCUGUCACCCAAGCCUGCCUCUGAUUGGGGAGCCUCCAUAAGGGGUGUCCCUCUACUGCCCAAGCCUGUGCCUACCACCACCUUGUACCUGGGCUUCCCAUGCUUUUCCCACUCCACCCUUCCCUAGCUCCUCAGUCCCUGGGGACCAAACAGAAGCAGCCGUGGGCAAAAUACAAUUUCAUUUAACAAAUUGAA